AUGUCCAAGCUCCGGUUACCACUUGCGGAGCGCAGCGGAAGGUUGCAGCUUUUUCACAGCCGCAAGGAGGGUCUCUUCUCGGUCCUGGCCACGGUGGAUGCCCCUGACUUCACCUUUUCGGAUACCACGGUGGUGGCUGGGAUGACAUAUCGCUAUAGGAUCCAGAUCCAACACGAGCAAAGCUCCUCUGACUUCAGCAAUCUGGCGACCUUUGUGGCUGCAGGUCUUCCAUCGCAACCGAAUGCAGUGACUUUGGUGUCGCAGUCCAAGACGAACAUUUCGGUCUCAUGGACGGUGCCCGACAACAAUGGUGCUGACAUCUAUCAGUUCAUUCUGCGCAGGGACGAUGGCUUGGGCGGCGGCAUGACGCAGAUCUACCGUGGUGCCGCCACGAGUUUCCAGAGCAGCGACUUGGCGACGGGCCGCUACUAUACCUUCUCUGUAGCUGCGCGGAAUGCCGCAGGGGAAGGUCCUGAGAGCGUGGGUCAACGCAUCCUGUCGGCCUCCAUGCCCAGUCCUGUGGGACAGCCGGUGCUCAUCAGCAGCUCUUGCUCCGGCGGGUCAGUCACUUUGAAGUGGACGGUGCCUGAGGACGAUGGCGGCUGCCCGGUGACGCGCUACCGCAUCCUGCGGGACGACGUGGCCACCGGUACAGAGGUGCCAUCGACCACCAUCAGCUACUUCACUCCAGGUUUGGAAUGUGCCACCACAUAUCUCUGGAGCAUUCAAGCAAAGAAUUGCCUGGACACCUGGGGCAGCGAUUCGCCUUACCUGGAGACCUAUACGGCCUCCUUGCCGGGGCAGGUCACCGGCUUGAACGCCACCCACGUGUCAUCCACAGAGUUGCUCUUCAAUUGGCUGCCCCUUCUGGGUGCCACCGAGAUCGGUUCCACGGAUUUCUCCAUCUUGAAGGGUUACGAGCUUUGGAUGGACGACGGCCUUGGAGGAAAGUUCAGCCGAAGCUAUGAUGGCUACAACAAGCCCUUCGAGACCUACUUCGUGGCCACUGGCCUGGUGCCAGGGCGUGUCUACAGAUCCUACGUGCGCGCCUUGAACCUUGUGGGGGCCGGUCCUGAUUCUGACGUCCUCUACAGAGCCAUGGCGGUAGAACCUUCAGCACCCAGUGACUUGCAGGUGGUGACAGCAGGUGCUGACACCGUGCUGUGCAGUUGGAAGCCACCGCAGGACAAUGGUGGUGAGCCGGUGCUGCAUUACGUCUUGGAGUAUGCCCCGGAGCCGCUCUUCAACACCUGGCAGGAAGAUGGGCCUUACCCGGACAAUACCCAGUUCACCAAGCAGAUCUUCAAUCUGAACCAGGGAACUGUGUACCAGUUCCGAAUCAGGGCAGUCACCAAUGCAGGAGGUGGCUCCUAUUCCAACAUCGUGUCCCAGGUGGUUGGCACCGCGCCCACCAUGGCCCCUAGUGGCCUCACCCGUGCGUCUACGACCUCGGUAUCUCUUACCUGGGCCUGGCUGCCACUGGGUGUGUCAGAGACUGGUGGUGCUCCGCUGGGUGGCUAUCGCCUUUACAUGAACACUGGUCGCGAUGACGUGACAGCCUUGGUCUAUGAUGGCAGCGACAAGCCUUCAGCCACGGAGUACACGGCCACAUCGUUGGUGUGCGGGCGAAUCUAUAAGGCCGAAGUGUCGGCGGUCACCAGCAUCGGUGAAGGUCCCAAAAGUGCCAUCGCAGCCUUCAAGCUGGCGCGCACACCCUCGCAGCCCCGUUCAGCACGGGUGGUGGCAAGCAGCACUGGCUCCAUUACGCUCGCAUGGGAUAUUCCAGAGAGCACCGGAUGUACCGAGCUGCAGUACUACCGCAUCGAACGCGAUGCUGGACAGGGCUUUGAAGCCAUUGCCAAUGUGACCACGCCUGUCCAGAGCUACACCGAUGCAGACUCCUUGAGUCCGGGACAAAUGUACAUCUACCGCAUCGCUGCUCGCAACGAUGCCCUCGAGUAUUUUGGGCCUCACAGUUCUCAUGUGACAGCCUUCGCUGCCUCUUUGCCGGGCAUCACGCGAAAUUUGGGCUAUGUGGCCUCAACCAGGACCUCCAUCACGCUGAUGUGGGAACCUCCAGCUGAUUCAGGAGGAGCCUUGGUGGAUUUCUACCGCGUUCAAGCGGACGAUGGCUUGGGAGGAGCUUUCCAAGAUGUGGCCGUGGUGGCGGGCACCUACACCACCGUGGAGUACCUGACCAUGGGCCGACCCUAUCGCUUCCGGGUGGCAGCAGAGACGGUGGUGGGCACCGGGCCGUACACGUCGGUCUUCCAACAGGUGGUAGCGGCAGUACCUGGAAAUCCUCAAACUCCCUUGGUGGAAACGGUAGCUGGAUACACGGACCGUGUGAAAGUGACCUGGAACGAACCCCUGGACAACGGAGGAUCCUUGACGUUGGGGUACAAGGUGACCUUCGAUGGCUUGUGUGACCGCUACGACGGCACCAGCGUGUCGGCCUUGACCUCGAUACAGAUCAUCUGCAGCACGGGGCAGCAUCACCUGAUUACUGUGUCAGCCCGGAACAUCGUGGGCCCGGCUGGGGUGGUCCGAGCCCCUCCGUGUCGCGUGUCUGUGGCGCGGAACCUUCCGUCCGAGACUCAGGGCGCUGAAGCAAUUGGCACCCGUAGAUCUGCGGCUCCAGAUGAACACGACGGUGCAGGGCUCACUCCGGUUCAGGCAACUCAGAUUGGACUGGUGUGGCGCUUGGCACGUCGAGUAGCAGCACAUGGUAGCGGCUUGGACGAGACAGAAUUCCAGGACAUAGACCCAUGGCAGGAGAAUAACACUCCUACUGCGGCGAGACAAAGUCCCCCACCUUCCAGCGUCAAGGAGAAGGUUCUCAAAAUGUCGACAUUGAUCGACCAGAGCGACGAAUCUGAACUCCUCCCUCCAGGGUCAACAGAGAUUAAUACGUGGCUCCAAAACUACCACGCGGUGAUGGGGGCGAUGCCUGAAGAAGCAGAAGAACCUAGUCCAAAUCAACUUGCUGCACUUUCUAAGAGGGUCCAUCGAGAUGACGCUCCACCUUACGUUGAUUUUGCGGUCUUUGGGCCGUAUGAAAGGAAGUUAACAAAGGUUCAGAAGUGCCGCAUCUACACACCACUGGGUGAUGGCACUUAUCUCCAAAGAGAUUUGCCUGGCCCCCCAACUUACCAAGGUUGGGUUGCAGCUUGGCGGGUGUUGAAGACCGCGUUGAUCAUGCUGAACGUGGCCUCCUUAGCGUCCCUCGAGAUCUACGGCAAGCACAUCGAGAAGAUGGUGACCCAAUGGCCGUCAGCUUGGGGUUUGAUUUACAGUGCUGAGGACUCAGCAAGGGCAGAAAGGAUGGCAAAGUUGAGACGCUACUUCACAGUCGAGGCGGGGUUGGGUCGUCAAGUUCCUAGAGAUUGGGACCCGAGAUCGCCUUGGAGCUGUCUUUUCAUACAGUUGGCCAAAGACGACACGUACUGGGCGGAAAAGGUCCACAUCCCUGCAGCAGCUUGGGUUGCAGCAGGUGCCAAAGGUCAACCUGUGGUCGCAACCGAGGCAGCAGUGAAAGCACACGUGCCGGGACUUCAAGAUACAGUUCCACCCGAGCAUGAUUCACCAGAUUCCAGGAAACGGCAAGCAAACAGAGACAGGAAACAAGCGAGGAAGAGAAGACUUCAUUCAGACAUGGAGGAACUUCGAAAGUUUCGUCAGACAGGUUCACAUCACCAAGGUCAAAGCAGUGGAUCCGGAGGCAAAGCUUCAGGAGGCAAAGGAAAGUCCAAGUCAAAGGACCAGGCUGGAACGCCCUUGUGCUUUUCGUGGGCAUCAGGAUCUGGGGUUUGUGGUGACCUUCCACCUGGUGCUGACUGCAAGGGCCCGGUGAAGAGGCCGGAGCUAGAAGCCAGCCCUCCUUCGGUGGACUUUGGGGGUGGCAGCGAUGAGUCGCCCCCCCCUGCCGAGGGAUCGACCGUAGUGGAAUCGAGCCAUGCCGGUCCUGUGGAUAGGGAGGCAACUUUCCAAGAGGGCGUGAUGCGGCCUAUGAGAGUCCACAGUGCCCUGAAAAAUUCGAAGACCUUUGAGGAGUUCCGGAGAAAUAGACCAUUCAAGUUCCUCCACUUGUACUCCGGUCCCAACGAUCCUCUGGGUGAAGCUAUCAAGGUGGAAGCAGCCAGGAACAGAUUGGAAGUGGUCGUGCUGAGCCUGGACAACAAGUUGGACCCCACCUUAGAUUUGUCCAGACCCGCGAGUCAUCAAACGAUGAUGCAAGAUGUCGGCAGGGGAGAGUGGGACUACAUCCAUUCAGGUUUUCCCUGCGGCAGCUUCAGCAUGGCGCGUCACCAUCAAGUUGCUGGGCAACCUGGUCCGAUUAGGGAUAAAUCCCAUAUCUAUGGGCUGCCAACCAAUGACGAGAGACAGCAAGCCGAGGCUGACCGUGGCACUAGGAUGGCAGUGCAAUCGGCAGAAGUUUAUGAAAAGCAGAUCAGAGCGUGUGAGGCGCGUAAAGUUCCCCCUCUGGCAACUUUGGAAAACCCCCCAGGAAGUGAAGAGUCGGGGGGCGCUUGGGAUCUGCCUGAACUGCAACAGAAGUUGGAAGCCACUGGUGGAUCCAAGGUGCCUUACAACACGUGCGCCUACAUGACCAAGGAAAAGGCACGGUUCAAAAAACCUGGCAUUUGGGCUGGGCGCUUGGAAAACAUCAGAAAGCUUUCGAAGGUUUGCAAGUGUCCAAAUUGGGUGACACACAUUGCACUGGUUGGCAAGCAUUUGACAGCCAGCGCGGCACAGUACCCGGCGGCCUUGGCCGAGGCAGUGGCGGUCGAAGUGGUGGGAGUGUGGAAGAAAACUCUCAACUUGGAAUGGUGGCGAUUCAAACUGGAGACAAAAUCGCAGGAGGUGAAUGAACUCCAGAAGGCAUGGUUGGAAAACGAGGACAAGAACAAGGGCGAGACUGAACGAGCCCCGGCGUCCAAACGAGCAGCAUCGAUGGCCUUCAAGAUAGACAACAUCGAAAGUGAUGAUUUGCCGUCGGGGUCAAAGGGAACUCCAUUGAAGAAGAUCAAGGAGGAUCACAACUUGAUCGCAGUGGGGGGAAUGAGAAACCCAGCUAGGAGUGUCCGAAGACUCACACAGCUUGCGGACGUGGGCAGGAGAAUCGCUUUCUUGUGGGAGGAGUUCAUGGAAUCACACCCAUCAGCAGUCCAGGUGGCCGCAAACUACGGCAAGCCCGACAACUCCUUCGAUCAUGAACUGGUACAGCUGUGGCGCGAAGCACUCAAAGACCACCUGGCGGAGAUCGUCGACAAGCCGAUCGUGGUGAAAGAGAAUUGGGAAUUGUGGCAGGCGUGGGGAGCCGAUGCGGGAGACCCUGACAUAUGUCUGCCAGACUUCAUCAGGCGGGGAGUGCCUCUUGGGAUGGAAGUUCCAAUUCCGCCAAGUGGAGUUUUCCCGGCAACAGUGGACCAGGAGGAUGUGAACACCGAUCCAGCUGGGGAGUUCGAAGCCCUCAAGUUCCAGCGCAACUACCAGUCGGUAAGGGACCAAACAACAGAAGCUACGAUCGAGAUUGACCGCUAUGUCAAAAAUGGUUUUGCAAAGCGGGUAACUUGGGACUGGGUGAAACAGACCUUGGGAACCACCGGCACCGUGUCCAAAAUGGCCCUCAUCCUGAAGGAGAAGGAAGACGGAUCAGUCAAGAGGAGAAUCAUCUUGGACAUGAGGAGGAGUUUUGGCAAUUCACGGUCAAAGGUCGACGAGAGAAUCGUAUUGCCAAGACUCUCUGAUGUCGUGACAAUGCUCCAGGACAUUUGGAGGAGACGAGGCGGAUCGAAAGCCAAACGCAGAGACACAAACACUGAUGAUUUUGAAUUUUACCUCAUCGAUCUCAGCGAUGCCUUUUGCCAUUUUGGCGUACUGAAAAGUGAACUACGACAUUGCGUUACACCAGACGAGCACGAUCAAGACGCCCUGGUUUGGUGUGCAAUGCUUUUCGGAUACCGGGCGGCACCGCUCCUCAUGGGUAGGUUGUCAUCGGCCUUGGGCAGACUUUUACAGUCCUUGGUGUGUCCCGAGAUGACGCAGUUGCAAGUCUAUGUGGACGACAUCCUUGUUGCAGCGCUGGGAGACAGAGUUGCCCGGGAAGCUCAACUGGCAAUGCUGCUUUACACGGCAGCAGCCUUCGGAGUGCAGAUCAGCUUGAAGAAAGGUGAAAGGGGAAGAAGAGUCACUUGGAUUGGUUGCACCAUAGAGGUCCCAGUGGUAGAGAUGGAAGAGCCGGAGGUAGUGGUCCUGGGCAUCUCAAAGCACAUGAUAGAACAGGUGGUCACAACUUUGAGAUCCUGGACAACCGGUGGCAUGGGAUCCUUGAAGGAACUCAGAUCGACGACAGGACGUUUGUCAUGGGUAGGAGGUGUUUUACCUCGCUUGAGGUGGACGGUAAAUGUUCUCUAUGCCACCUUGAAGGAGGUUGAGAAGGACCAAGAGGAUGGCACUGAGGAUCGAAGGGCCCAGAUGAGACAAGACUCCCGGAGUAAGAGGGGCCUGUUUCCGAUCAAGAGAUUGGGAGGAGUGCACCUCUGGCUUCUGAAGCUGUUCGAGAACCCGGUGGAGCACCUCAUUCGGGUGGAGCGCAUGAGACGACCACCAAUCACCAUGGGCAUCAUCACUGACGCCUCCCCCAAAGGCUGGGGAGCAAUCUUGGUGAAGGUGCAAGAUGGUGCUGAGAGAACGCUGCUACCGAUUGCAGCCGUGGAAGGUUUGAUUAACCAACAGGAGGCAGAGUUGCUCGAGGUGGAAUGGGGUGAAUCGUCAUCCCAGGCAGUUGUCGAAGCCUAUGCCAUUUUGAGGGCAUUGGAGCUCUGGGCCGACAAGCCGAAGAUGAGGGCUAUCAUCAUUCGAGCAGACUCAUCGGUGGCCCUGGCGAUGAUGAAGAAGUUGGCUUCAUCGCACAAGUCCCUGAACUUCAUAGCCGCGGAGAUUGCAUUGCGGCUUGAAAAAUAUGAAGUUCAAAGGCUGGCCCUUCACCAUCUGAGGGGCUCCUGGAACGUGGAGGCCGACUGGUUGUCCCGGAUCACGGAGAGAGGCGACGCAGCUGGUGGUGAAGAGAAGUUCACCCCCCAGGACAACAUUUUCGAGCACCUUGCCGACCGCAAGGAACAACCUGAUGUCCAGAACCAUGGAGGUUCAAGCUCAGGAUCCCGCCUGGGUCGAGCCCCUCGAUUCUGGGGCAGACGUUCUGCAAUGGAUCCUUCAGAUAUGGGUAUGUUCCCUGGUCCUAGCGUUCCUGGCGGGCAUUCAGUGCUGGCGGCAAUGCUGUUCGCGGCUGCGCCAGAUGAAGCUGGAUUGUGGCGAACGGACUCAAAUGAUGGACUGGGGGCCAGGGGAUCAGGAGGAGAUCGAGCCCUUGAGUUUCUCGAGCCCUUCCCCCUCAAGAGUGAGAACAAGAACCAGCCCCUCGAUGUCAAGCAGCAGACAGAGUCAAUCUUCGUCAAAGCGUUCCAGCAGGAGCUCAAAGCAAAAGAAGCCAUCGAACAAGCAACCGCGAGGCCAAGCUCCACUAGAAACACCAGCAAGAAUCAGGGGACGAGUCAGCGUGGCAGAAAGAGGAAGAAUCGUGUUAGAGGCGAUGGGAAGCGGGGCAAAGACACCACUCCUCAGUCCACUGGCGCGAAACAGUCCUUGAGAGACAUCGUCCUGCUGGCUGGAAACCCAAAGUGGAUCGAGGGUGCAAAGAGGAGACUAAAGGAGAGGCUAUACGCCGCCUCCACCAUGGCGACCAAAGAAUCAAAACGGAGAAAGAUCAUGGAGAUCAUGCAGAACUGCGAGAUAAAGAUCCAGGGCAAUGGCCUAUCAGUGGAGGAACUGGUGACAAUAGCUGCAGUGUUGGGGGAGUCCAACAUCAGGAGCGCUGACCAGUACCUGAGCGAGGUGAAACUACUCCAGUUGGAAGCAGGCAUUUCUUGGUCUGACGUGAUGGAAAGACAAAUGGCAAUGGUGAAACGGGCCCUCAAGAGGGACGUGGGACCGGAAAACCGCGCCAAAGAAUGCGACCCUGCAACCAUCAGUCAGGACAUGUGGGAAGCCCAGACUGGUGAUGGAGGCAGACCAAGAAGAGUUGCCUGGUCUUAUGCGUGGGCGGUCGUGUGGAUGCUGAGGUCUAUCGAACUGGCUGCCAUGAGACUGGGAGACGUCCACAUGGAGUUCAAGAAGAAAACGGUUACCCUUUUGAUCAGAAAAUCCAAGACUGAUCAGAAGGCUUUGGGCGUGAAAAGAACGUUGGUGUGCUGCGGACUCCCCAAGUGCAUCAGGCUAUGUCCGUGGAACUUGGCACUUAGGGUGCUGGCAGACCAUUACGGCAUCGACGAGCACGCGCCAUUGUUCCCAGACAAAGAUGGGAAGUUGGUACCCAAGAUAAAAAUCAUCAAGGCCUGGAUGGAACACAUCGACCCUGAGAUCACGGGCCACUCUGGCCGUCGAAGCGGAGCCAUGUGGUAUGCACGCAGAGGCUUACCUGUCCACGAGAUAGGCUUGUUGGGGAGGUGGAAAUCCUCCGCCGUGUUUCGAUAUAUCGAGGAAGCGCUCCAGGAGAUACCUUUAAACGCGGGUGCACACAAAGUGGAAUCCCUGGAAGGUACCUGGGCUGCACCUUCCACUCCUGCGUCAACGCCCCCGAUCGAGGUGGACAAAGAUAGGACAGCUCCAGUUCCAAGCACACCCAAUACAAAAGCCGUCAGCGUCAAACCUCCUGGACCAGAUCAGUGCUGGGCAGUUUCAAGUGGCAGGAACGGACGGGUGUCUCACCGCAUCCGCAAGGCGUCCUGGAACGUCAGCCUGGCAGCUUGGGACACUUGGUGUGGUUGGCAUUUUGCCGAGAGAAACGUGAAAGUUAUGAUCACGCCCAAGCCCUUGGAUAUGGUGGACCAACGGACUCCCAGCUCAAUGACCUUGACCUGGGACGUACCCACGGUGGAUGGCGGAGCCGCUGUGAAGUCGUAUCAACUCUACCGAGAUGCGGGAGAUGCCUCUGGUAUUUAUACCUUGACCUAUGUGGGAACGCAGAGAAGUGCCACCAUUGGGUCAUUGACCAAUGGACGCACAUAUCGCUUCUAUGCAGUGGCUGUGAAUGAUGUGGGCGCGGGCGAGCGCACCAGCGUCUUUGCGGCUGAGAUGCGAUGCACUCCGAGAACCCUGGUGGCUUCACCCUACAAGGUCUCUGGAAGUCCCUGGUCCAUUUCUCUGGCCUGGCCUGAGACAGCCGACAACUGUGGUCGAGCUGUGUCGGGAUACCGCGUGUACCGUGACAGCUAUCUGAUCUAUCCACUCUCCAACGGCUUUGUUGGAACACCAACGGUGGUUGGAAUGUUAGGAACCGAUCAAGUCACGGUGGAGUUGACGGCUCAGAGUUCAGGAUCCACCUGGGUUCGGGGCCUCGUUUGGGAAGCUCGGCAGAGCCUUUAUGACCUUGCCAUGAACGUUGACCACGGGCACGCGGGACGAUGCCCCUGUGGCUGCACCCUCUGCACGGCGAACAGAGCCCGGGGAAGUCGAGGAGAGAAGAUGAGUAGCACCUUAGCCCAUGUGAAGCAAACCGGGCAAUGCGAUGGCUUCAAGGACAGAACAUCUUCCUUGAGCCUGCUGAAUUUCUCAGACGGGCGCCUGGUAGGUGAUGGAGUAUCCAUCCCCUUGCUCUGCGCAGACCUGCUCUGGACACAGACAGAUCCUGCGGCGUCGACUGUCCAGGGUCCCUUUGAUCGCCUCGACACCGAGGAGGUGCCAUACUUCAGGAGCAUUUUGGCUCUGGCACCUCGCUGGAGGUGGCGAUCGCAGAUGGGAAUCCUUGAAGCGAUCGAGGACCCCCGGAGCGAUGAACUUUGGAUCAUUGGCGCAAGCUUGGUUCCAGGAAGUCAGGAGAUGGCUCGGUGCCUCCAAAUGCUAAGCAAGCAAGGAGUGAUCAGGUGGGACAUCGAGAAGGAGUUCCUCUUCCACAAACACGUCAUCGGGCGGAGCGCUUCCGGUAUCACUAGAUUAGGUAUGCAGAAAAAUAGUUUCUGGUCAAUCUCUACGAUGAGUGAUUCAGAAGCCCUUUCAGAGGACGAAUGCCCGGAAAGUGAAAAACCAGUGGCCAUUAAGUUCAUCAAGACUCCUGUCAAUGAGGCGCAGGCCAUUCUCAUGGUGAAUGAGAUUCGGCACCUGGCGAACUGCAGCCAUCCCAACGUCUUGUCGCUUCUGGGGACCUUCUUCGCUCCAGCUUCAAGGAACCCCCUGGCUGGACAUUCAACGCGCAGUACUUGGCUACUGGCCUUUGAGUUUUGCACUGGGGGUACUCUCUCGGAGUACGUGUCCAAUCAUGGGCACCUGGACCUCAUCGCAGGGCAAGUGAUCUGCACAUCGCUACUGAGUGCUGCAGCCCAUAUCCAUAGCAAGCAGAUUUGGCAUCGAGACAUCCGACCACAAAACAUCUUUUUGGACAGAGAUGGAAAGGAAUUGAGGCCAGUGCUGGCCAGUUUUAGCCGUGCCACACACGCAGACGCCGAGUUGCCCAUGGGGCGACACACAGGUCAUGGCUGUUACUGUGCUCCUGAAGUUUUAGACUCAAGACUUGGAGUGCAAGGUUCAGCAAGCGACAUCUUCAGUUUAGGAGCUGUGAUGUUGUUUCUCCUCACUGGCCUGGAACGUGGAUGUGAAGUGUCCAGUGUCACGUGGCAGCCAUCCCUGACCGGCAAUAGCCGAUGUGAUGAGAUCGCCCAUCAGAAGCUGACGGAGACCUUAGUGGAUUUCCUGCUGCGUUUCUUGGCUCUAAAUGCUCGAAAGAGACCUGCAGCCUUGGAGGCAUGUCGGCUCCUUUGGGAAGAAGCUCCGGAGGAAGUUCAGGAGAGCCACGUUGCAUUGAAAGCCAUGGCGGCUUUACCCCCCUCAAGCUCAAGUACCGCGGCGAUGCCUAUCAUUGCAGAGACUUGUUUCGAAGAUGUCUUGGACGACUCGCGCCGGGAAGAUCCACGAGGUGCAAGCUUAGGAUAUGCUCCAUCCUCUGCUCCAGCUGAAGGUUAUGCCCAGCUUCCAGCAGGAGCCUCCCCGGUGAUGAAAGUGUUGCCCCCACCAUCUCCACCGAUCACGCCCAGUAGGGGCGACACGGCGGUCGACCAAAAAUGUUUGAAGAGGUCCUGUAGGGGCAUCGCUGUGCCCGUGACGGCAGCGACAUCCCUACAGAUUCUGAUGCACGGCUGUGGCAUGAUGGGCAUGGGCUGGUACUCGAUCUUCGUCUACGUGGAGGGCUACGAUGGCUUGGACAACGACGGCGCCUUACAGCAGCUGCGAUUCCAAGUUCCAGCCUCUUCCAAUAGCUUCGCGGUGCAACCCAGCAUGUCAGGUCUCACGAAGGAUGGACUCACAGUGACCUUCACAGCUUCUGCCUCCGCAGGAUGUCAUUGGGCUGUGAAAGGCAAUGGCUAUGUGAUGAUCGCAGCGGAAGCUGACUACUCCACUUUGACCGUCGCCAACAUCAAGGCCUUCAUGAGUGCAGUGGGAGAUGCCACAUGUAAGUGGAACGGCUUUGUGAACAACAUGGAAAGCACCGUGGUGCUGACGGGAUGCCGACUUUUUGGCGGCAGCCAGUACCGACUCUUCGUUUACGUCGAGGAUGGUCAGAUGCGUGAUGAUGGUGUCUUGGCCGAGCCCAUGUCGCUGCAAGUCUUGCCGUCCAAUGACUUCACAGGCACUUAUCCUUACCCGAGACUGGACGCCACGCCAACGACCAGCACAGUGUCCAUCGAAUUCGAAGCGCGGGAGGCUGCGGGAGUGCUUUGGGCUGUGCUGAUUCCGGAGAUUGAGGCGAUCUCUGCCAGCAUCGCCGGGAUCAAGGUGGCCACAGGGGCCAUUUGUUCCAAAGCCAGCCGGGACGCCGGGACCGGAUGGGGAUGGGGGAUGAGAGGUCUGGCCAUCACCGGGGGAUUGCAAAGUUUCAGCAUCGACAACUGCGCAUUGAGUCUGGACGUCCUUUACAAGGCCAUGGUGUACAUUGAAGACACGGGAGCAGACAACGAUGGCCAAAUUGGUACAGGGAUUGAUGUCAUGGUUCCCACCAACGGCACAACCAACACCUUCAACUCCUACCCAAAGUUGGUGAUGAUUAUGGGCGAGCUGGCCACCAGCGAUGGGGUGACCUUCACCUUCUCUGCCAGCAGCAUCACGGGCCGCUUGUGGGCCAUGGUGGUUCCAAAUCAUGUGGGCGACUGCAUGACUGUGAGGGCCAUGAAGUUCUUGCGGGACGCCCUUUGUAGCCGAUGGAACUAUGUCAUCAAUGACCAGACGCAGACGAUCACCCUCACAGGCUGCAACAUGAAAGGAGGCGACACCUAUCGGUUGUUUGUGUACGUGGAGGGUACAUCCAACGGAGAUGAUGGCGUCCUCGCGCCAGCUGUACCGUUUACGGUGCCUUUCACCAACACCUUCAUCACGCAGCCCAUGGUAGUGGAUGACUUGGUGUCACCCGAGGGCUUGCAAUUGACGUUCCAAGCCUCCGAGACGGAAGGGAAGGUUUGGGCGAUGGUUGUGGCCAAUAUCCAUGAGCAAUGGGUGGAUCCCAAUGCCAUCAAGGUUGGUGGGGUGUGGCUACAGUGGAGUGGGACGUCUGGAAAUGUCGGAACUGGAUGGAACCGUUGUAACCCAAGAUCCCAUGAUGAACCAACUCCCUGCCAGAUGCACCUGGUCUCCGCAGCCGUUUUUGGCUGGGAAGUUAUGAAAAGACCAUGA